AUGCUGUACGUAGAAGCCGAGGCCCAUCUCAACGACGACGGCACGGAAAUCGUUUGUGACGAGCCGUUUAAACUACUGGGACCACAUGUGUGCCAGGCCAAGCCAGACAGACGCAAAGAGAAGGAGCGCAGAGAACGCGAUAAACCACGCAGCACAAAGAAGAAGGACUCCAAGCGGAGGCGUGUGCACGAUGACGAGGAUAUUGACCGGACAGAUAAACACCACCAACCGGACACAGCAAAUGCCGCCAACAGUGCGCCGAAUGUGGCGGAUAGGAGUGUCAACAGAGCGAACGCCUCAACAACCGAAGGCAAGAACGACCACAGCACACCUGUGGUCGUCACACACGUACAGCCAGAACCAGACAGGAAUAACAAGGACGAAGUACAAAGCAUGGCACUGGAUAACAGGCUGGAAUCGUCUGUGACAGUCACCAACGUCCCCUCAAAACCCAGUAAUAGCACUACCGCCCACACAACCAGCACCAAACCAAGCAGUUCUACUACUACAAGUCCCAACACUGACACACUGACACAGACACAGGCACAGGCACACAACGCGGAUAGUAGCCACGGAAUCAGUAAUACAGCGACUGGGAAUGCGCCGAAUGCGAGUCAACAGAACGCCACCAGUCCUCCAGCUGCGAUAGCUCUGAACACUACUACAAACACCAGCACAAACGCAAACACAAACACAAACAUGAACACAAGCACGCCUGUAAAGACGGCUGUCACGUCAAACACACACGACGGCAAAUCCGCCGUUGCCAUGGAAACGCUGAGGCCGGAGAAGGAGACGGAGGUAGGUAUAUCAGACACGGGGGCAAAACACGCGGAGGCAAAGGCGAAUGCCAAGAGUACAAACACGGGCACAAGCACGCCUUCGAAUACUGCUGAGGGGAGUGGGAAGCCGCUUUCACCAAGUACAGGUGCAAAUAUGAACACAUACACGAACAAGGACAGUCAUGUUACUGAACAAGGGGAGGACGCCAGCAAGGGCAAGACCAGCAGACCUGCAGCCACAGCUACCAGCACGAGUGGAGGGACAGGCACAGGCACCACAACGGGUACAGGCACCACAACGGGUACAGGCACCACAACGGGCACAGGCACGGCUGCAGGUGGGGGUGCAAGCAUAGGCGGUGGUAAUAGGACAGGUACGCGGGAGGAGAUUGCCAUGCAGGUAGACGAUCCGGGUGUACCGGCAUCGAGCACAAAGGAGGGUGCUGGUGUGGGUGAGGCAGUGGGAGUUGGCCCGACCAGGACCGAGCAAUGUAUGGAGACGAGUAUAGCGGGUGGGAAUUUGGACCAGAAAUCGGGAUCGGGGCCGGAAAUUGGGGACAACCCCGAUUCUGCAGCGGAAAAGGAUGGAAGUGGAAGUAGGGUGAAUGCGGCUGAUGGGGAAAUGCCGAUGGAUGUAGAUACGGACACAGUCACACGCGUAAAACCAGACCCGAGCGCAGCCAGCAGCACGAACACGAGUAAACAAAAACACGCUUUUACAACCACAGACACACACGCACACGCACAGACGGCUAUGGACAUGGACGAUGCAGUUCUUGAGGACUCUAAAACAUUAACAAACGAUAUACGCGUGACCGCAAACGCCACGGCGCUAGACACGUUGAACACGAGGAACGAGAAAGAUAAAGCGGCACAGCUCAGGACAGGGGCGGAGGCCAAGGCUGCGAGCAAUGAGAGUGGCGAUCCCGCUUUAAGCGGAGUGGUUAAAAGCGGGACGAAGGAGAAUGGCAUGCUGGACGAUAGCCAGACGAUAGAUGGUCGAAUAAAACAGGAAGUACAGGGGGUCACGGGAGAUGAUCAACCCAACGCCACAUCAGGAGAUACGAAGGCAAUCAGUCCGAAGGAUGUUAUUAUACUCACCGGCCAUACUAAUGAAGUGUUCACCUGUGCCUGGAAUCCAGCCCAUGAUCUACUGGCCACAGGGUGUGGCGACGGUUCCAGAUUAGGGACAGUUUCGUUCACCGGCGAGGCGAGAAUCUGGGACAAAGACGGCAAGCUGGAGUUUGUGUUAAAGGGCCACAACAAACCCGUUUUUGCCCUCAAAUGGAACAGGAGGGGUGACUCCUUGCUAACCGGUGGGGUGGACAGUACCGCUAUUGUGUGGAAUGCACAAACCGGGACAGUCAGGCAGGAGUUCAGGUUUCAUGAAGACGCUAUCCUGGACCUGAAUUGGCGGAACAAUACGAGCUUUGCCAGCUGCUCGGCGGACAGUAACAUCUACGUAUGCAAACUGACUGAGAAAGAGCCGCUGAUGAUGUUCCAAGGACAUAAACGGGACAUCAACUCUAUCAAAUGGGACCCGUCGGGCACUCUAUUAGCGUCGUGUUCCGAUGAUUUCACAGCCAAGAUAUGGAGCAUGAAGAAAGACUCGCCCCUGACCAGCUUAGAAGGGCACGAGCGGGAGAUAUUCACGCUCAACUGGGCACCGCACCUGAUGAACGGCAGUAUAUUGGCUACUGCGGCCUACGAUGCCACCAUCCGACUAUGGGACGUCCAUCGCAGCACAUGCUUGCAUGUAUUCAGCGACCAUGUGGCUCCGGUGUAUUCUAUGUGUUUUAGUCCGGACGGCAAGUUUCUGGCAUCAGGCUCUCUGGACCACCGUCUUUUGGUUUGGGAUGUUCAGGAGGGCAAAGUUGAGAAGUCCUACCAAGGGACGUCGGGUAUCUUCGAGGUCGCGUGGAGUCCCAACGACAACAAAGUGGCCGCCUGCUUCGGAGACAGUUCGGUGGCUGUACUGCACCUCAAGCUAUAGUGUUCGGUACAUUCACAUACGGCUGGCUUCCGACUACAACCCGGUUGAGGAGACUACACUUUAAUCGUGUGAAGGGAGGGUCCGUAUAGCCAGUCUAGGUGUAGGGCAGCAUGGUAGUAGCACUACCCCGUGCAGCAACUAUUCUCUGUGCACCCGAUACUGCCCAUACAACUUGCAUGGAAGGGGGAUCAACCUGUAUUGAACUUAUAUCAAAUAAAAUAUAGUAUGAUUAUCCGUC